GAACAACUGAUACAAAGGCGUGUGCUUGUGCGUGUGCGCGCGCUCGUGUUUGUCCGGUGGAAUGUCUAGGCGUGUUUCUUCUGAAAGUAGAUAUCUAGAGAAAACCAUUCUGAGAAGCUGAGAUGUUAGAGGCUCAGAGGUGCUGAGCCGUGGAGAGGAUGCCUGGGAGGGGGCAGGCGCAGGGGGAGUUUGGGGCACUGCAGUAGAGAGUGGCCUGGCACUGUGCUGGAGACCCCGCCAGCAGCCCUGGAGAGCUUCCCAGUACAUGGCAGUUCCAAGGGUGGUUGUUUAUUAAUCUGGGGUUGAAGGCCAGGCCAAGUGCUGUCCCUGGUCACCAGGCUAACUGGGCCUGACGUUACCAAGACAUCUGCCAGCUCGCCUGCCACUGCCUCCAAGCUCUGCGGAAGCCCUAGUAAGGACUAUGCUCCUGUUUCCAUCACUCCUCGUCCUCCUUCUGCGUGUGGUGAUAACAUCCUGCUCAGAUGCAAAAACCUGCGAGGAUGCCCAGAAGGCCUGCUCCCUGAUCGCCUGUGGCAUCCCCGUCACCAACGGCACCCCAGGCAGAGAUGGACGAGACGGACCCAAGGGAGAAAAGGGAGAGCCAGGUCAAGGGCUCAGAGGUUUGCAGGGCCCUCCUGGGAAGAUGGGGCCUCCGGGACAGAGAGGAACGACUGGGCCUCCAGGAGCAAAAGGCUCAAAAGGAGACUAUGGAGAUAAUUCGAUUGCCGAGGCUAAGCUGGCCAGCUUAGGGAGAGAAGUGAGCAGCCUGAGAGCAGAACUGGACCACUUCAAAAAGUUGCAAGCCUUCUCCUUGGGCAAAAAGCAUGGUAAGAAGCUCUACGUGACCAACGGGGAAAAGAUGCCUUUCUCCAAAGUGAAGGCUCUGUGUGCUGAGCUCCGGGCCACUGUGGCUGCCCCCAGGAAUGCUGAGGAGAAUAAGGCCAUCCAGGAUGUGGCCAAAGACACUGCUGCCUUCCUGGGCAUCACCGAUGAGGCCACCGAAGGCCAGUUCGUGUACUUGACGGGAGAGAGGCUGACCUACAGCAACUGGAAGAAGGAUGAACCUAAUGACUUCGGGUCAGGGGAGGACUGUGUGAGUCUCCUCAAGGAGGGGACCUGGAACGACAUCUCCUGCAAAUCCUCCUUGCUGGCCGUCUGUGAGUUUCCUGCCUAAAGAGGCGUGUGCUCCGCCCCUCCCUGGCUCCCUGCUGAACUCUCUGCAGCUUUGAAAGAGAAUUCAGUGCUGGUUUU